AAGGAAAAAGAAAAUGAAAAAGAGUAUUGACAAGAAAAUGAGUCCAAAAAUGCAGGAAGUGACCAAAUGUUUUGGCCCCUAAAGAAGAGGGAGCCACAUAUCUGAAGAACCAAAAAUCCAGAGAGACGCUCAGACAUCCAAGUAUUUUCAGUGCAUGUAUAAUCUGGGUGUACCCUUCUCCUUUCUCUCUCACUCUCUCUCUCUCUCUUUCUCUCUCUUUUCCGCCAUUUUGGAGAAACGAACAGUGGCACUUCUCGUGAUUUGGAUUUCAACUUUUCUCUUUCCUCAUUCACUCCUCCCAACCUCCCUCUCUUUCUCCCCCCUCUCUCUCUUCCCCCACUUCUCUCUCGUGCCCUGCCCUAAAUUCAAAACCCUAUUGCUGUUGCCCCCAGAUUCAGCCUUUUUUCAAUCACCCUCAUCUUGGGUCCGGCUCCACCAUAAUUGCAGGAUUUGGAUGCUUCAUUUUGGGGUCAGUAGAAAGAUUUUGAAAGGCCCUUCAAAACUUGGAUUAAGUAUGAAAUUAGAGAACUGCAACGGAUGUGUGGUUUUAGUUUCUGCGUUCCUCUAUCUCCGCAAUGAUUUUUCAGAAAUGGGUUAAUAUUAACUUGCAGAAUCAUAUCCCCAUCUGCUGCAGUAUUUGAGUAAGUCUAGCAAUGAUGGGUACAUUAUCUGCUGGUACUAGUGAAAUUGUUGAAUCAGCAGAAGAGCUAGAUUCAGAAUUAAAAAUGAAUGACAUAGCUGGAAGGCAUCGUUUGCUGAAGCCAGGGCAAAAUUAUUCCAUAGAAGAUGAUAUUAAUCAACUUUUUGAGGCAAUUGACAUCAGAUGUUCAGGUAGGGUUUCGGGUACAUCACACCAAGUUAGCAAAGAUGCUUUCCGGAAGAGUGCAAUGAAAAGACCAAUUAGAGUCAGUUCUCCUCAAUCAUCAGGAAUAGGGAUUUCAGAGUCUGUAAGUUUGAAGCAGGCACUAAGGGGAUUAUGCAUCUCUCAGGCGUCAGAGAUGGCUGCUAUGAAACGAUUGUCGAAGCCAGCAGGUUUGUCGGGUUCCUCUGAAGCAGGAACUAUCAAAAGAUUGUAUAGGGCAGUGGUAGUUGAUGCCAGUGAAUCCGGUCUUCCCUUUAAUGAAGGAAAGGGGAAUUUGGUAGAAAUUUCGCUUGUCCCAGAAAAAAGCACAUCAAGUUUUUAUGAGAAGGUGCCAGAGUCCCUGCAAGUUCCCAAGGCAGAGUUGUCACAACAGUGUGCCCCUUCUUGUAAUCCUGUUGCUGAUGCGACAACAGCAAAAUCAAUGCUGCCGAUUACACCUGCACAGGAUGAGAUUGUUCCUUUGCCAGCAGAGAUUGGGAGGGAGAAGUCAAAGGCAGAGUUGGAGCAGAAUGGAAAACGGAAACCAGUACAUUCUUUGCUCAGUGUUGAUGCUGGCGAGCGACUACCAAAGCUAGAGAAGAUUGUUCCUACCUUGAAUGAAGUUGCAAGCAAAACAUCAACACUAGACAAGGGGCAGAAAGGUAAGUUGCAUUCUGCAUCUUCUCUACCUAGUGCAAGUUCUGGAAGUAAGGUAAGCAAGUCUGGUAGCUAUAGCCCACACCUAAUCAAGCCAGUCUUCAGGAGCAAGAACUUUGUUAAGAAGAAAGUAAAGCUAGAUUCAGCUUUGGCUUCUACCCCUGCUGGUUCCAAUCCACGUAAUGGGACUAUCAAUAAUGAUUUGGAUCCUAGUACUAGUAAAUUGGUUUUCCAGACAUACAACUACACUCUGAAGAAUGAAACUAAAGAAAAUGAGAAAGCUUCGCCAGCAUCCAGUGGUAGAAAUGUUAGCAUUGAAGUUAGUUCAAGUGUUGUGGACUCUGAUGCAAGUAAACCAGGUUUCGGUUCAAAUUGCAGUAACAGAACUAGAGGUGUUACAAAAGGUGAUGAGAGAUCAAGAUCUAGUGAAAAGGGGGAGUUCUCCCAAAGCUCAAAAAGUAGCAUUGGGCAAUAUAGCAGUAGCACAAGUAUUAGUGAGGAAAGCAAUGUAAGUGGGUCUAGUCGUAGUGGGAACAGGCCUCACAUGUCCAAAGACUUGAGAUGGGAGGCCAUUCACCAUGUUCAGAAGCAGCAUGAGACUUUCGGUUUGAGAAACUUCAAGUUGCUCAAGAGGCUUGGUUGUGGGGACAUUGGGACUGUUUAUCUUGUUGAGCUAACCGGCACAAACUGCCUAUUUGCUUUGAAAGUGAUGGACAAUGAGUUUCUGGCAACCAGGAAGAAAAUGCCUAGAGCCCAAACUGAAAGAGAAAUACUGCAAAUGCUGGAUCAUCCAUUUCUCCCCACGUUAUAUGCCCAUUUCACAACAGAUAAGCUCUCAUGCUUGGUUAUGGAAUAUUGUCCAGGUGGAGAUCUGCAUGUGCUCCGGCAGAAGCAACCUAGCAGGAGUUUCUCUGAACAAGCUGCCCGGUUUUAUGCUGCUGAAGUCCUCCUUGCAUUGGAAUACCUGCACAUGCUUGGAGUUGUGUACCGAGACCUAAAACCUGAAAACAUCCUGGUUCGGGAAGACGGUCACAUCAUGCUGUCAGAUUUUGACUUGUCUCUCAGAUGUGCCGUUAAUCCGAUGCUGCUCAAAUCAGCUUCCCCAGUUGUAGAGCCCACAAAGAAGGCCUCAAGUCCCUGCACUGAUUCCAGCUGCAUACACCCUUUCUGCCUUCAACCAUCCUGGCAAGUCCCAUGCUUCACUCCCAGGCUUCUAUCUACUACAGCAAAAUCAAGGAAGCUAAAAUCCGACCUUGCCACUCAGGUCACUCCUCUCCCACAGCUUGUAGCCGAGCCUACCAGUGCCCGAUCCAACUCUUUCGUGGGAACUCAUGAGUACUUGGCCCCUGAGAUAAUCAAGGGGGAGGGUCAUGGGAGUGCAGUCGAUUGGUGGACCUUUGGGAUAUUUCUAUAUGAGCUAUUAUAUGGAAAGACACCCUUCAAGGGUUCAGGAAAUGAGGAUACAUUAGCCAGUGUGGUCUCACAUAGCCUCAAGUUCCCAGAAAGCCCAAUGGUUAGUUUCCAUGCAAGAGAUUUGAUCAGAGGGCUGUUAGUAAAGGAGCCAGAGAAUCGGUUAGGAUCAGUGAAAGGGGCGACCGAGAUCAAGCAGCACUCGUUCUUUGAGGGCUUAAACUGGGCUCUGAUACGCUGUGCGAUACCCCCAGAAAUGCCUAAAUUGUGUGAUGCUGGAACCGGCAGCACUGUAAUGAGUAUGAGUGUGCAGAAAAAGGAGAGUGCCAAGUCUGAUUGCAAGGACAUGAAGGAUACAACAGAGUGUGUGGAGUUUGAGCUCUUCUAGCUGAAACCUUCUCCAGAUGGUUUGAGUUUCUGUUUCUGAAGUCCUAAAAGAGAUUUUCCAUCCUUGUUGUAACUGAUAAUAUAGAGAGCUUAUAGUGUAAAUGUAAUUGGCAAAAUUGGUGACAUGUUCUGGAGUAUUAUGAUAUAUCAUAUCUUAUACUGAUACUUGGAUACUUUGGAGAUGAGGGCUCAUAUCUGUAAGGGAAAUAAUAUGGGGAAUUACUCGGCAUAA